AAAAAAAAAACGAUGACAACAGGCACUUCUCCGAGAUCGAAUAAAAAGGAAAGGCUUCUGAGCCCGCCACGGUCCUCUGCCCUUCCGGCUGCCUGCCGCGAGGCCCCCAGCGGCCACCCUACCCAAAAGUCGCCGGUGGCGACGUGCCCCCGCCUCUAGGCUCCAGCUCCGCGCGCAAGAGAGGCGGCCCGCGGCGCGGCGCACACUUCGGCGGCUCCCGGCUUGCGCGCAAAACUUCCACCCGGACGGCGCCGGGCAGCAGGCUGCGGGGACCUGCGGAGGGACGCCCGGCGCGCGCGCUUUCUCUCUUCUUCUGCCUUCCCCACCGCUCGGCUGCCGGGACUUUUGGCUCCUCUCCUUUCCUCCUCCCCCCUCGCAGCCGGCUCCCCCACCCCGCCCUGUUUCUCCCCCACUUGUGUAAGCUAUUUGUUGGGGGUGGCCGAAAGGGAUGUCCUGUUUUCACCAGAGACACAGCGCGAAGGGAAAACUUCGACACUGGAAGGAACGAGAGUAAAUACCCAGAUCGGACCCGCGGAUUACGGGCUGGGACAGACAAUUGAACUUCAGGAGCCCAAGGCGGUCCAGGCCGCCAGAGAUCUUCAACUUUGAAUUAAAGGAAGCUGCUUCUACGUGGGCGUGGCAAGAGCAGCGAGAGAACCACAUGGACGACACCCAGGACCUAAAUGAGCAAUCAGUAAAGAAAACGUGCCCAGAAUCCGAUGUUUCAGAACCCCAGAAUUCCAGGUCUAUGGAAAUGCAAGACCUAGCGAGUCCCCAUGCCUUGGUAGGAGGCAGUGACACACAUGGGGGCUCUAAACUGGAUAAAUCCAGUCUCAGCACCACGUCAGUCACAACAAAUGGGACAGGAGUGUCUCUUCUUGCAGUCAAAACAGAGCCCUUGAACAGCAAUGAAACCACAACCACGACUGGAGAUGGAGCGCUUGACACUUUUACUGGGUCAGUAAUAACGAGUAGCGGUUACAGCCCCAGAUCAGCGCACCAGUAUUCCCCACAGCUGUAUCCCUCCAAGCCCUAUCCACACAUUCUUUCUACACCAGCAGCUCAAACGAUGUCGGCCUAUGCAGGCCAGACUCAGUAUUCGGGGAUGCAGCAGCCAGCCGUCUACACAGCCUACUCACAGACAGGACAGACCUACAGCCUGCCUGCUUACGAUCUUGGUGUGAUGUUGCCAGCCAUCAAGACAGAAAGUGGGCUUUCCCAAACUCAGUCUCCAUUACAGAGUGGCUGCCUCAGUUACAGCCCUGGGUUUUCUACCCCACAACCGGGCCAGACACCUUACUCUUACCAAAUGCCAGGCUCCAGUUUCGCACCAUCAUCUACCAUUUAUGCAAAUAAUUCCGUUUCCAAUUCAACAAAUUUCAGUGGCUCCCAACAGGAUUACCCAUCCUACACAGCCUUUGGCCAAAACCAAUAUGCUCAGUAUUACUCGGCAUCCACCUAUGGGGCGUAUAUGGCAUCCAACAACACAGCCGAUGGCACAUCAUCAUCAGCCUCAACUUACCAGCUGCAGGAAGCUCUCCCAGGUCUGACUAGCCAGCCAGGAGAGUUUGAUACAGUUCAGAGCCCCUCCACACCAAUCAAAGACCUCGAUGACAGAACAUGCAGAAGUUCUGGGUCAAAGUCUCGAGGAAGAGGCCGGAAAAACAACCCCUCACCACCUCCGGACAGUGACCUGGAGCGUGUAUUCGUCUGGGACUUGGAUGAAACCAUCAUUGUCUUCCACUCUCUCCUCACCGGCUCUUACGCACAGAAGUAUGGCAAGGAUCCCCCAAUGGCUGUGACCCUCGGGCUCCGAAUGGAGGAAAUGAUCUUUAAUCUUGCUGAUACGCAUUUGUUUUUUAAUGACUUAGAGGAGUGUGAUCAAGUUCACAUAGAUGAUGUUUCCUCAGAUGACAACGGUCAGGACUUAAGUACCUACAGUUUUGCAACUGAUGGCUUCCAUGCAGCUGCAAGUAGUGCGAACCUUUGUUUGCCAACAGGUGUGAGAGGAGGAGUGGACUGGAUGAGGAAGUUGGCUUUUCGCUACAGAAGAGUUAAGGAAUUAUAUAACACAUACAAGAACAAUGUCGGAGGACUCCUUGGCCCUGCCAAGAGGGAUGCGUGGCUGCAAUUAAGGGCAGAGAUCGAAGGCCUAACAGAUUCCUGGCUAACGAAUGCACUUAAGUCUUUAUCAAUUAUUAGUACUAGAAGUAACUGUGUAAACGUCUUGGUAACGACGACGCAGCUGAUCCCGGCCCUGGCGAAGAUCCUGCUCUACAGCCUAGGAGGUGCUUUUCCCAUCGAGAACAUUUACAGUGCAACGAAAAUAGGCAAGGACAGCUGUUUUGAACGUAUAGUGUCCAGAUUUGGCACUAACAUAACUUACGUUGUGAUUGGAGACGGCCGAGAUGAAGAGCACGCGGCGAAGCAGAAAAUUCCGCAUUGGUGCUAGCUAGCAGACCUUCACCUGUGGCUCUCCCUCUAUUAAACUCCCUCCCUUGAAUUCGGGUGAACACCACACCCUGAUGUGCGCUGCUGUCUCCAUGGGAUGAUGGUUGUGAUCUGUCUCCAUUCUUCGUUCCUGCCCCCUCCCUCUCUCCUCUCCCCUUGUCUUGACCACACAGCACAACAUGCCCUUUUGGAGGAUAUCAAGCCACUCGGACCUCUUGGCUCUACAUCAAGCACUGGAAUUAGAGUAUUUGUAACUGUAUUCUCUAGCUGGGGAUCCAUUGGUUUUUUUUUAUAUUUCAAGUACACUGAAUUUUUAUGUGUGAUCCAAUGCCGCUGGCUUCUUCUACACAUCUAAAUGGUCUUAAAGGAGGAAAUCAUGCUUGGAAUGAGAACUCCAGAGUGAAGAAUUCAGGUUGCUGGAUGGAAUUAAACAUUAGUGCUGCAGAAAGGAAACUCUAUGGUCUUAUUAUCUUUACAAUACUUUCAUGAUUUAAAAAAAAAUCUGUGGAGGUUGCUGACAGCCACCAAAUGAGUCCUAACUGGAAUUAACAGCUUUAGUAAAGAACUCGAGCCCUCCAGACCACAGCACCUGUUCUGCCUCUGACAAGGUGGUCGAAAACAUUCCUCAAAAUGAGAGUUCUUCUCACCCCUGAGGUUUGAAUCUGACUUUUAGCCUACCUAGCCCAGAAAAUCUGAAUCUGAAUGCACUCAGACUGUAUACUGACAGUCCUAUCUAGACCUGUAAUUUGUGUAAAUUAUUGAUGGAAAUAAUUUACUGUGAUUUUAUUAGCAGCUGACUCUGAAAGUGGAUGCAAUUGUUCUUUUCUUUGUCGGGGCGGGAAGAGGGCCAGGGAAAUGGGAAUAUAAUAUUGUCUCUUUUUUUAAGUUUGGCAAAGAGAAUGUUCAUACUGAUGCGUUGUGCCUUAAAGACAAGACAGCGUUUGUGUGUUACAAUGUAACUUUGGUUAAAGUCUCUGUAGAUAAUGAAAGACAAAAUAAACAAACAGAAAACCAAAAAAAAAAAAACCAAAUAAACAAAAAGCUUGGUAAUAAUCCUUGACAUGACCAAAUUUAAAAUUCAGACUGGCAUUUUAAUACUGAAUCAUCAACAAACUGAGGAUUUGUUAGAAUGAGAAACCAAUCGUAAUAAUACAAGAAGGCUUGCAUCUUAUUUGGCUUCUGAAUAUUUCCAGUAAUAGGUAAGAGUCAACUAUCUCAGCAUCAAUAAGCAAGAGGUUUGGGAAACAGUGAAUUCUUUAUUUCUAAAGUGAAAUAUAUGUUGAUGUCUCAACUAUCCUUUCUUACAGUUUUCUGGAAGAAAACCAAGAGCCAUAUUCAUGUCAAUUUACCCGAUUUCAAUUUAAGAUUCAGGACAUGUGUAAAUUGCUUAGAGAAAGAUAUUAUGGUGCAAAUCAUUAGCAAAUAUCCUUCAAGUCAUGUUUAUAAUAUGCUAUGGCUAUAGCUUAACAUGCACAUUGAGUGGACACGACAGAAUACGUUUGUCUUCCAUGCCACUGCAAAAGCGAGUACCCUCAGUGAUAGAAGGCAGGUCUAUCAGACAGCUCCCAAGGGGGGAAAAAACACUGAGUCUAUGAAUUUUUUUAUAGAAUAUCAUCAUAAAUUCAUUAUCAGACAAGCUAGGUCUUGACAACAUCACCAGAUAUCAACAGCAAAGGGGAUUAACUCUCCUUGGAACACAUCAGUCCAGGGUCUUCCCAUUUACAGACAGGAAUACAUUGGUUUCCUCUUGGUAUGGUUGCCGAACAAGGCCUGCAUUCAUUGCCGGGAGAGCCUGCCAUCAUUGUGUCUGCAUGUCUUUUUGUUUUGCUGGUGUGUAGCCCGUGUUGGUGACAUGAUACAGAUUCUCUCAUUGGCUAUGACAUGGUUGGCCUUGUGGAAAUUCAUGACUUCAAGAAGUAAAAUAUGCUAAUGGUGUAAACACCUGAAGCUCUGCACUCUGAACGGUGUCAGAUAGACCCCAGAGUCCAGCUGUUAGUGCCCCUCGUCUGAAGCUAGUUCAUGACAGCUCAUUGCCCGAGACUUCUGCAACUCAAAUAAGAUAAAUGGUUUGCUCAAACAUCACAAUGAGUGCUCUGGAGGGAGAGCUGUCUUUCUUUAGAGAAUGAUGAGGCCCUGUGUGGGGUAGAAAGAUAAUGAGAUAAUUCUGCAGAAGAUAGGGAAUCCUUAUACGAUCCUCAUAGAUUAAAUGUGGCUUUGGCUACCUUUUCCCAUAAUGCUAUAGUGGCUAAUUAUGAUGGGAAUAUUUUAAUCCUAAUAAUAUUAACAGUAAAUUUUACACUUCUGAGGGUCUUCAGCUUGAAAAUGGUUAAAAGGUUAAAGACUAUUUUUUAUUACCAGUACUCAUUUGUGAGUUUAAACAUUAAAUAUUUAUUACUAUGAUAAAAUGAAGUUAGUCUGGCACACAGCCAGUUUCUCUCAUGGCUAGACUUGUGGCCCUGCAUCAAAAGUUUUAAUUCUCCUUAGAAUCUGAUGAACAAGGCUUCUAACACUGCUCCACUUGAGGGCCAGACAGACUCCCCUUUUUCCAAGGACUCCAAGGGCUGGCUGCUGGCAUACUUCUUCCUCCCCAGCCCCCUCCCCCAGAGUAUCUGUCCAGAGGAGACAGCCAGUGCAACACCAGCAAUGGUAGCAGCUAGAAAGCCAUGGGCCCAGCCUGGUCAUGUGACUUUGAGCAAGCUCAGACUACAACUCUUCCCUUCCCACCUUAGGACAGGAAAAUCCUCUUUCUUUCUUGAAAAACAAAAAACAAAAAAUAAAAAAAAAAAAAAAAACCAAGAAAAACAUAACCUCAGACAACCAACAAUAAAGAAAGCAGCCCCACGGGCAGUUCCUACAUUCUGUUUUUGUGUAAAAUACUGUGCCUUGCUGUAAAUGAGUUUGAAAACUGUUCUCCAACUCAGAUGGGGUUUGGGCUAUUACAUAUUCAAACGUGGUAUGAUAUUAGAAAAACAAGAACUGCCUUAUAUUGCACCUUAAAAAUAUCAAGACCCUAUCACUUGAGUAAUAAAAUAGGUGGCCUGACUAUAAUAUUAUAGCACACAUCUAAAAUGAUAAAACUCAAAGAAAUGUGUUAACCCAAUUCUGAGGUUAAAAAAAAAUAAGGUUUUAAGAUUGUAUGGUCUGUGCACAAAAAUAGGUACUAACUGUCUGGUGAGCUAAGAUCAAAAUAGCUUCAACAGCAUGCCCUACUGUGAAGUUUUAAUGAAGCCUACUUGUUUGUGAAUAUGGCAUUUUCUUUUCAACACAAACGUAAGCAUCAUGAGCCAAAGUUGCAUUUUGACUCCCAAUUAUGGUGGUGUUGUAGGGAUCUCACAGUCGAAGUCAAGGGUUUCUGUUAUGUAUUAGUAAAGUUAUAGAUUAUUGGGGCCUACGUAAUUUAAAAAGUGUAAAUUAAUAUUAAAAGCUUGUAAAAAUAUGUACAUCUUUACUAUUUCUCAAUAAAUACCUUUGCAACUGUU